AAAAGAGAAAAAGAGCAAGCCCAGAGAGACAGAGAGAGAGAGAGAGGGGGGUCAGUGGGUGUGUUGUUUGUGUUUGAUUGCCAAGAAAGGUAUCGAAGGAACGCGCACAUACACACUCACGCUCACACGCACAACCAUGAUGCAGAAAUUGAGAAUUCCAGUUCGAUUUGGCUUAUAUGUUUGUCGUUGUUGAAAUGGGUGGAGCAAUCACCAACUCCUGUGCGUUGAGUUGCUGCUUUCGCUUGAGAUCCAAGCCUGCCUCGCCAUCACCGACACUUUCUUCUUAUUAUUCAUCCUCGCGCUCCUCAAAGCGCCCUUCUCGACCAUGAUCCUCUGCCCUAAACGCUCUCUUGGAUCUCAACCGCAGGUCCACCCCUACCACCUCCAACAGAGAUACCUCCUCUCUCAUUCUCAUGGACCCCGCUACCUCUCGCCCCGCUGUAGUCAUCGACAACGGCACCGGUUAUACUAAGAUGGGAUUCGCCGGUAACGUUGAGCCGUGCUUCAUCGCUCCGACAGUAGUUGCCGUGAACGAAUCGUUUCUGAAUCAAUCACGAAGCUCUUCCAAAGCCAAUUGGCUAGCGCAGCACAGUGCUGGCGUAAUGGCCGAUCUUGACUUCUUCAUAGGGGACGAGGCGCUUGCGAGAUCUCGAUCUAGCAGUACUUACAAUCUCAGCUAUCCAAUUCGGCAUGGGCAGGUGGACAAUUGGGACGCAAUGGAGCGGUUCUGGCAGCAGUGUAUAUUUAACUAUUUGCGGUGUGAUCCAGAAGAUCAUUACUUUCUGUUGACAGAGAGCCCGCUUACUGCACCCGAGAAUCGCGAGUAUACUGGUGAAAUUAUGUUCGAGACGUUCAAUGUUCCUGGGCUUUAUAUAGCUGUGAAUUCGGUGCUCGCUCUUGCGGCUGGGUACACGACGUCUAAGUGUGAGAUGACAGGGGUUGUAGUGGAUGUUGGAGAUGGGGCUACUCAUGUUGUACCUGUUGCAGAUGGUUAUGUCAUUGGGAGUAGCAUUAAGUCAAUUCCUAUUACUGGGAAAGAUGUUACUCUUUUUGUCCAGCAGCUCAUGCGGGAAAGAGGGGAGAAUGUGCCCCCUGAAGACUCGUUUGAAGUAGCUCAGAAAGUGAAGGAAAUGUAUUGCUACACUUGUUCAGACAUUGUCAAGGAGUUCAAUAAGCAUGAUAAAGAAUCAGCAAAGUAUAUUAAGCAAUGGAGAGGCAUUAAACCAAAGACGGGGGCACCAUACUCUUGUGAUAUUGGCUAUGAACGAUUUCUUGGCCCUGAGGUUUUCUUUAAUCCUGAGAUUUAUAGCAGCGAGUUUACUACCCCUUUACCAGCUGUAAUCGACAAGUGUAUUCAGUCUGCACCAAUUGACACAAGAAGAGCUUUGUAUAAGAAUAUAGUGUUGUCAGGAGGCUCAACCAUGUUCAAAGACUUCCACAGGAGGUUGCAACGGGAUCUUAAGAAGAUUGUGGAUGCCAGGGUUCUUGCAUCCGAAGCUCGAUUUGGUGGGGAAGUAAAAUCACAACCAGUAGAAGUCAAUGUAGUCAGCCACCCAAUCCAGAGAUUCGCAGUUUGGUUUGGAGGCUCUGUCCUUGCAUCAACACCCGAAUUUUUCGCGGCUUGCCAUACAAAAGCAGAAUAUGAGGAAUAUGGUGCAAGCAUAUGCCGAACUAAUCCUGUUUUCAAGGGGAUGUAUUGAUGCAAAAAACCAUUUUGGCUGAUCUUGAUUUUGUGAUUGAGAUACUCGAUGGAAUGCCUCAUCAUUUCCACUUUCCAUAUGUAGCUCAGUUCACUCCCUGGGCCCUUGUCUUCCUUGGCACUCAUGCUUUCUUGGGUUGGUGAGGAGGUGGUGUAAAAUAUAUUUAGUUUCAUUUUUGUAACAAUAUAUGGGUUUCCUAUAUCCAUUCUUUCAUUAGGGGGGGCGGUCUUCACAGUUCUUCUCUUAGCAGCCAAUGGGAAAUGGCCAUUGUCAUUGGGGUAAACGUUAACGGAGUUUAUAUGCAUUUUUAGUGUUCAGCUUAGGUAGUGUUUGAUAAAGAUAUAUUUUUUGAAUCAAGAGUGGUUAGUCCACCAAUUGCUUUCUAAGUCGCACUCUAUACUCUGGGUACAAUUUUUGUACGUGUUCUUUUGUACUUAUCAAUUAUCAUACCCUUUUAAGUGAAA